AUGGUAUUAGUACCAUCCAAAACUAAAUACAAUGGUAUUUACUAUUAAUUAAAAUAUCCACCAUAUCAUUAAUAGCCCUUCAACUUCUAAAUCUAAAUUACAAAUAUAGAAAAUAGUUUCAUUACUAUAUUUUAUACCAUAAUGUUUAAAUUUAGCAAAACAAGAACCAAAGUUGCAUAGAAUUGUUAGAAUAACAACUUGAAUUAAGUAUUUAUUUAAUUGUUUUUUUAUUUAACGUUGUUUUACAAUUAUUCCAUAGAUUGCAUAACAAGAUAAAAAAGAUAAUAAUGAACUAGAAAACCAAGCAACAUUAUUAGUGAUUCCUUAAAAUUUACAAUCUAAUUUAUUGAUAUUGUUUUUUUACAUCCAUCUGUCAUGCAUUAUUAUGGAUAAUCGAUAACAGGAUUAGGUAAAUUUUAAUCAAUUUAGCAAUAUUUUAAGUUUGGAUUGA